GAAGGCUGGUGCGCCUGCCUGCCCAGAGCUCCCCACGCUCAGCCAGAGCCUCCACACUCAGCGCUCAGCUAUGGCCUCAGGGUGGGGCCCAGCGCUCCCCAGUUCUGAGAGGUAGCAGAGCUCCUCAUCCAGGAGGUGUCAGCUCAGGCCCAGCCUCCUCAGAGACAGCAUUGAAGCGUCAUCUCUCUCCUCACCCUGCCUGGACCCUGCCACAGGUUGCUGGGGCCAUUUGGGUUUGGGGGAUCCUAGACCAGGCUCUGGCCCAGUAGGAUGCCCCCGUGUCCUCCCCAGCAGAGCAGGAACAGGGUGACACAACUGCCUGCUCUGGAGCUGGGGGAGAUGGAACUGACCUGGCAAGAGAUCAUGUCCAUCACUGAGCUGCAGGGCCUAAAUGCUCCAAGUGAGCCAUCGUUUGAGCCUCCAGCCCCAACUCCAUACACUGGACCCCCACUGCCUCCAACUUACUGUCCCUGCUCUAUCCACCCUGACGCUGGCUUCCCGCUUCCUCCACCACCUUAUGAGCUCCCAGCACCCACGUCUCAUGUCCCUGAUCCCCCAUACUCUUACGGCAACAUGGCCAUUCCAGUUUCCAAGCCACUGACGCUCUCGGGCCUGCUCAAUGAACCUCUCCCAGACCCCUUGCCCUUCUUGGACAUUGGGCUGUCAGCGGCGCCACCACCUAAGCCCCAAGAAGACCCAGAAUCUGACUCAGGAUUAUCCCUCAAUUAUAGUGAUGCUGAAUCUCUUGAGCUGGAGGGGACAGAGGCUGGUCGGCGGCGUAGCGACUAUGUAGAGAUGUACCCAGUGGAGUACCCCUACUCACUUAUGCACAACUCCUUGGCCCACCCCAACUAUGCCUUGCCACCCGCUGAUGCCCCCUUAGCCUUAGAUCCCCCCUCGGGCACUGUGCGGGCCAAGCCCCCUGCACGAGGGGAGGCAGGGAGUCGCGAUGAGCGGCGGGCCCUGGCCAUGAAGAUCCCUUUCCCUACGGACAAGAUCGUCAACUUGCCGGUAGAUGACUUUAAUGAGCUACUGGCAAGGUACCCGCUGACAGAGAGCCAGCUGGCACUAGUCCGGGACAUCCGACGCAGGGGCAAGAACAAGGUAGCCGCCCAGAACUGUCGCAAGAGGAAGCUGGAGACCAUCGUGCAGCUGGAGCGGGAGCUGGAGCGCCUGGGCAGUGAGAGGGAGCGGCUUCUCCGAGCCCGAGGGGAGGCCGACAGGACCCUGGAGGUCAUGCGCCAGCAGCUGACUGAGCUAUACAGUGACAUUUUCCAGCACCUGCGGGAUGAAGCAGGCAACAGCUACUCCCCCGAGGAGUAUGCGCUGCACCAGGCUGCAGAUGGGGCCAUCUUCCUGGUGCCCCGGGGGACCAAAAUGGAGGCCACAGACUGAGCUGGUCCGGGGUGGGGUGGGCUGGUGAUGGAGAUUUCCUUCAUUCCCUCUGAUGAAGGUGCUCUCCACCCAAGACGCAGCGAGAGCUGAGUUCUUUAGACUAAAUGGGGACAUUGGUAACACCUGGCGGUUGGUGGAAGGGCCAAGCUUUAUUUGACUUGUCUGGAAGCAAGGAUGUGAGGGGAGGGCUGGGAUCUCUCUUCCGAUUCAGCUUCCCUGUCUCCAACCUGCACCUUUUGUUUGAGCUUUGGUAUAUAAAGCGUUCUACAGAAACAGUAUUCCACUGUAUCUUUGUUUUCGAGGGUGGAAGCUGAGCAAUCCUGAGUUCAAUAACCUAU